AUGCUGCUGCUGUUCGAGACCCCGGCGGGGUACUCGCUGUUCAAGGUCAAGGCCGAGAAGAAGCUCCAGGACGCGGAGAAGUUGCAAGAUGCUUUCAGCACGGUGGAGGGGGCGAAGAAGAUGGUGUCGAUGAAGGCGUUUAGUAAGUUUGAGAAUACGACGGAGGCGCUCGCGGCGGCGGCGACGCUGGUGGAUUCCAAAGUCGGGAAGAACUUGAAAAAGUUUUUGUCGAAACACGCCGAGGGGGAGACUUUGGCGGUGGCGGACUCUAAACUCGGCGCGGCGAUCAAAGAGAAGCUGGGUAUUAACUGCGUCGCCGAUAGUGGGGUUAUGGAACUCAUGCGCGGCGUGCGUUACCAGCUCAACGAGUUGAUCGGAGGGUUGACGGAUGCCGAUCUCGCGCCGAUGGCUUUGGGUUUGUCUCACUCCUUGUCGCGAUAUAAGCUCAAGUUUUCUCCGGAUAAGGUUGAUACCAUGGUUAUUCAAGCCAUCGGCUUGCUCGACGAACUCGACAAGGAAUUGAACACGUAUUCCAUGCGCGUGCGCGAGUGGUACGGGUGGCACUUCCCCGAGCUCACGAAGAUCAUCGCGGAUAACAUGCAGUACGCCAAGGCUGCGAAACUCAUGGGUGAUCGCGCGAAGGCGGCGGGGAUCGACUUCUCUGGUAUUCUCGAUGAAGACGUCGAACAAGAGGUAAAAGACGCCGCCAUCAUUUCCAUGGGGACGGAAAUUUCCGAAGAAGAUUUGAGCAACAUUGGACAGUUGGCCGACCAAGUCAUCUCCUUGAGCGAGUACCGUGCGCAACUGUACGAUUAUCUGAAGGCUCGAAUGAACGCCAUCGCGCCCAACCUGACGGUGCUCGUCGGCGAACUCGUCGGCGCUCGUCUCAUCUCCCACGCGGGUUCGUUGAUGAACCUCGCCAAGCACCCGGCGUCUACGGUGCAAAUUUUGGGAGCGGAAAAGGCUCUUUUCCGCGCGCUCAAGACCAAGCAUGAAACUCCAAAGUAUGGUUUGAUCUAUCAUGCCUCACUCAUCGGCCAAGCGGCGCCCAAGUUCAAGGGGAAAAUUUCUCGCGUCUUGGCGGCGAAGUGCGCGUUGUCGAUUCGCGUCGACGCUCUUGGGGAAUCCUCCGAGGCGACGAUUGGCGUUGAAGCGCGCGAAAAGGUCGAGGCACGAUUACGACAGCUUGAAGGCAAGACGCUUGGCGAAGCUUCUGGCGUCAAGAAGAUGUCUGGAGACAUAAAGAAGCACGACAAGGACCGCAACGCGGACGCGCCGGCGCUUCUCACCGCGCCGCGUUCGUACAAUCCGGAUAAGGAUGCGACGAAGAAGGAGAAAAAGGAGAAGAAAGAUAAGAAAGAGAAGCGUAAGAGCGAAGGCGACUCUCCAAAGUCUUCGAAGAAGAGCAAGAAGAACAAAGAUUAACAUCUUCCACGACUCUCAUUCCUCUUAGCUCUCGUGUACUCUAGUAGCCUCUUUUUCAGUCCGAUGGACUUCGAA